CCUGCGUCAGCGCCCGGGACGCCCCUGACCUGCACUCGGCGGCCUGCGCGAGCCUCGGCGCUCGGUGUCCCGCGUGACGCGCCUGCGAGCGGCGGCACCAUGAACCUGACCCCCAGCGCGCGAGUUGAAUGGAUCGCAGCUGUUACCUUUGCUGCUGGGACAGCUGCACUUGGUUAUCUGGCUUACAGAAGAUUUUACAGCAGAGAUACUCGCAAUAAGUCUAUGGUCAACCUUCACAUCCAGAAAGAUAACCCCAAGGUCGUACAUGCAUUUGACAUGGAGGAUUUGGGGGACAAAGCUGUGUACUGCCGUUGCUGGAGGUCCAAAAAGUUUCCGUUCUGUGAUGGAGCUCACACGAAACACAAUGAAGAGACUGGAGACAACGUGGGACCUCUGAUCAUUAAGAAGAGAGAAGCUUAACUGGACAGUUUUGAUGCUGUAGACCAAUUUGUCAUGAUGUUACCUGAUUGUUUCAUUAGUGUGACUACCACUUCUAUCUGAUUCGCCUCCCCGGGGUUCUAGGUGUGGUAUAUUGUAAACUGCAGCUUUCUUAUUCAUGGCAUUUGCCUUACUUGUUGAGCCAUUGUGGUACACGUUGUUCGAACAAAAGGAGAAAGUUAAAACCAACCUCAUGGCCUGUGGGUUAUUUUGGUCUUGUAAGGAUCCGUUUCUUUACAUUGAAAUAAUGACAUUAGAGCAUCGUUGUAUCUUCAAAACAAUUAAAUUAUUCUCAAAAUCGUGUAUAUGCAGAUUGUACUUGUAAAUUUUGGGGAAAAAAAAUGACCACCUUUUAAUAGUAGUUAACCUAGAAAUUUACCAGAAAGUAAAUUGGUUUAAUUAAGCUACAUGAGUUUUUUAGUAUAAUCCAGGAAAAUCUAUUAUGAUCGUGAUUUUUCUUUGACAAUGGUAAUGAAGCUAAGGAAAUGAGGCUUAUCUAUUUCACAAUUUUCAAUCCAACUGAGCUUUGAAUAUUAUUCCACUUAAGAUGAGGGUCUGGUCAAUAAUAAAGGGUGUUAAAGGAAGAGAGACGUUGAGCUCAAAUUGGUAUUAAACUUAAAGUAAUCAUGAAGAAAACUUUAAAAGUAACAUUCCAGAACUAUUCAUUGCCCAAGGAACAGCAAACACUGGAACUGAACACUGCAAAAAUUGGCAUGCACGCCAAGUCUUAGACACAAAAUGUCAUGUUAGUUACAGAAAUAAGAGUCCUAGGUUAGAUCAAAGACGUAGAUUUUUAGUUCCCAACUCUACUAAUCUGGAACAUGGCUGACUUUAGAAAAGAGAUUUUUUGGAAGGCCAGAGAGAGUAUUGCAGGUAGUAAGUACACUUGCCUUGUACUUGACGGACCCAAUUUCAGUCCUCAGCCCCCGAUGUGGUCCCCCAAGCCUGCCUGGAGUGAUCCCUGAGUGCAGAGCUCCAGAAGUAAGCCCUGAACACUGCCAGGUGUAGCCCCUGCCCACACCCCGCAAAAAAGAAGAGUGUUUGGCUGAGAAAGUUAAUAUUAUUUCCUUUUUUAAACUGAGGGAUCUUAAAAGCAAGAAAUUGAAGGUUAAGUUUAUGUGAUAUUUUUCACAGAUUAAAUGGAAACAUUCCAUUUAUUAUUACUGAAUUAGAAAAAAAAGCGGAAGCAAGUAGGAGCGAUAAAACUUAUAUUCUUAGGUUUUAUAGGUUAGAAGGAAAAAUCAUAACUAUACAUGAUAAUAGGUAAGGUAAAGGUAAAGGCCCUCCCGUUGAUCGUCGAUUUGCUCGAGCGGGCCCAGUAACGUCUCCAUUGGAGACUUUGUUGUUACUGUGUCUGGCAUAUCGAAUCCUCUCGGUAGCUUGCCGGGCUCUCCGAGAGGGGCGGAGGAAUUGAACUCGGGUCGGCUAUGUUGGCCGCUUAUAAGGCGAACGCCCUACCCGCUGUGCUAUCGCUCCUUCUGGAAUUAAUAAGGUAAACAUUCUUAUUUUAUAAUACUUGGAUUCCCAAUGUUUCUACUAGCUCGUAUUCAGAAUUACCAUAGAAUUCACAAGUAUCAUCAAAACCAUGGUUCCUAGAUUCUGAUCAUGGAUUUGUUUAAAUGUGCACUUAGGAUUUUUACAAACCAAGUUCAUAUUUUAAUGUACAUGUAAUGUACAUGUACAUGUAAUAUUUUAAUGUACAUGUAGCCCGCAUGGUUGAGCUGGAUGUGUAAGACACAUCUUUAGCAUAAAAUGUAACUACUACAAACUGAUUUCAUAAGAUUUUGAGUGAGUUUUUUCCAUGAUCUUCACUGCCUCUUUUUUGUUUGUUUGGGGGCCACACCAGGCAGUGCUCAGGGGUUAUUCCUGGCUCUGUACUCAGGAAUUACUCCUGGUUGGGGCCCUGGGUCCAUAUGGGAGGUCAGCAUUAAAUUCUGAUUGGCCUGUGCAGGGCAAGGGCCCUACCUACUGUACUAUCUCUCUGACCCCUCCUGCCUCUUUUUAACGAGUAGGAAUGGGUCAGCAGAGGAUUUCUGUUCUAAAGGAAAAAUCAUUUUAGGGAAAAGUGCAUUUACAGCCAAAGCUUCUGAUAAAGGGACAUCCUUUUAACUUAGACUAAACUGUGUUUAACUUUGAAUUUUUAAGUAGUCAGGUAUUCUUGUGGUCAAUGAAGGAAAGGAAUUACUAAUGCUAGCUAUUUUUCAGAGGUAAAUGAUUAGUGGGGUGUAUUUCUAUGGUGAACCAGAAAAUCGUCAUUUUAUAUUGAAAUACAGAUCUACUCUAGCAAUUUGAAAAUCAAAAAUAAGUGUAUUUCUAGGGUCAUGUUAAGAUUGUUUUACGUUCUUUCUAAUCAGAAUUCUUUUAAGUUUCAUGCUGCUUAAUCUAGAAAGUAAAAUGUGAUUCUUGUGGUGAGGUAUUUCUGCACGAUAUCAGCACGUGCAGAUACAAUUCCCACUUAAGCACGCUCAAGUUCCCUGCUGCUCUUUCAUUUGACUAAUGUUGUAGGCAGAGAGGAUCACCCAUACCACUCUAAUCUUUUUCCUAUGUUUUAUUUACGUAACAGUGAAUUCUGAAGUAAGAUUUUUUUGUUUCAGUUUGGUUUUCAGUUUUUGAACUUCAUUCGGUGAGGCUCAUGAGUUAGUCCUGGCUCUGCACUCAGGGAUCACUCCUGCCAGUGUUCCAGAGACCAUAUGGGUUUGGAAAUUGAACCUGGACCAGCCAGUUGAAAUAUUUUAAGAAACUUAAAAAAACUCACUGUUUAAGUAGUACUGUUUAUGCCAUGUUACAGAAUUAUAAUUUGUGAUUGGGCUUAUUUUUCUCUAAUUGCAACAACUCUUUCUAUUACAAAUCAGUUGAAACUGUUUGAUUUUAUUUCAGUUGCUAAGGACUUUGGAUUUACGGUAACAUUAAGGUUUCCUAAUGAGCAAUAUGCUUAGUACUAAGAUAUCUGUGAGAGUUCUGAUUGUCAGAAGCUAAACUUGCUCUGAUUCUAACACUACUUAUUUCUGACGAUGUCACUGACAUCUGAGACUUAACUGGGGGGUUUAAAUGAUAUUUGAAACAGUUGGUCCACAGUUCUAGGUCAGUAUUUCAUUUUCAGCAUCCACAAAGGAAAAAAUACAUACGUGAUCACCUUGGAUUUAAUUUUUAUUACAAUGUUAUUGUAUCUUCUGUGAUAUUAAAAUAUCCUUUCUUUUAUGAA